AUGUCUAGUCCAAAGCGUUCCCCCAAAGAGUCCCCCAAAAAAUCACCAAAAAAGGGUCGAUCAAGCCCAACGAAAGGCCUCAGAAUGGGGGCCGAAGAGUGGGAGGAAUUCCAACGAAAAUAUUUCGCUCGCAAACGUUAUAAUACGAUGGAUGUCGUGUUUACGCAAAAGAGCCCGGCUAUUUCGCUUUAUGUACGUAGUAUUCACUUAUACGAGAUUUGGAAUCGACUACCACCAUUCGAGCAGUUCUGUAAUUCUAACGAUGAGGAAAUUAACACCUCAAACAGAAGCCCCAAAUCAUCACCAAAGAAGUCACCUAAAAAGGGAGGCACUGCCAAUCAAAAAGUAGACGAGGAAGAAAUUCAGAAACCCGAGUACGAACCUGCCGAGAUCACAGGUGUGGUGGCUGUUCACAAAAGCCACAUUCAUAUAAAGAACAAACUUUUUGUCGAAAUUACAGCGAAAUUCAAAUACAUUGGGCAUGCCAAAGUACCACCGUUUCCAGACAACGUAGCGUCUGAAUGCCAAUGCUUCCGAGAUGUGCAGGUCGUUUACCCGGUGAAUUUCGAUCUCGACACAAAAUUGGCCGACUUCAGCCAGCAGUUGAUAUUUAAGCUAAGAAAAUCACUCGGGAAAGGACAUCGGUUCUUCCCGUUCACAUUUGAUGUAACCCGGAAGCCAGAUUCCCUCUUCUUUACUCGGCCUUAUUAUCCGGACUACAGCAGUGGUCUGUUUUGGAAUCUAAGAGCUUAUAUAGCACAUGAGGAAAACUGCAACCCACUACCGAAUGAAGAGGUAAGUAUGGAGUUUUUCAAGUACACCAUCGCGCCGGUGCUGAGCCGAUUGGCUCUGAGAGAGACCCCGGUGGUGGAAUACAAACGAUUCUCUACGAUGGAUGAUACGGGCGACCUCAUACUGGCGGCUCAACUAGAGCGUGACACCUACUACCAAGGACAGGAAAUCAAAGUAAAAAUUCAGAUAGAAAACAAUUCGUCAAGACAUGUGAUCGAAGCAAUUGCAGUGUUCGUGGAACAAACAUACCGAAUCUUUCACCAAUUCCCACACGAUUACAGUAUCCCGCUGGGUGAGGUGUUACUUAAAGGCAGUGACAGUGGUCUACCAAUUCAACCAAGAGGCAGAAAUUGGACGAAGGAAGUAAGUGUCAAACCCGUGUACGAUCGUACGAAGUAUAAUUUGGCCAUUGAUGGAAAGAUGCCUGUGGAUAAUAAAAUAUUUCUUGCUAAUAGCACAGUCAUUAUGAUGAAAGAACAGAUGUAUGCGCUGAAAAUUCAAGAACCGGAGGUGAAGAAAGUCAGUCCUAAGGGGUCACCGACAAGCAAAAGGAAGUCACCAGAAAGUAAAAAGUCACCGAAGGGUAAAAAAUCAACUAGUCCGGGGAAAGUGGCAUCCAAAACCUCGCCAGUAGCAGAGGCGGCCGAGCAGCCUACACCACAAGAGAAACCCCAAAUUGAAAGCAAAAUGAAUGAAGUGAAUACAUUGACUAAUAAACAAGUUUGCCGAAGUGCGACAAUCGCGUAUGAUGUAGUCGUGCGCCUGAACCUACGAACACCGACGAAUGAUGAGUCUGGUCAUCCCAUGGUUCGAUUACCUUUCAUUCUGACUAGAGAGACAAGAUACUUAGACAAACUGCUUAAUCCACCGCCUCCAACGUGGGCCAUCGUUCCACCGCAUUGA